GGCGGGCCGGGCGAGGAGGCGGGACACGUCGGCGCUGCCUCGGCCGCCGCCGCCCCUCCUCUGGUUCCAGCCGCUGCCGCCGCUGCCGCUUCCUGGGCCGAGUCCGCCCGCGGCCCCAGUGGCUCCAGGUGCCCUCGCUCGCCCGGCUCCGCCAGCGCCGUCCGCCCGCCCGCCCGCCCGCCCGCGUCCCGGCCUGCCGCCCCGCCGCCGACAUGGCGACACGCUCCUGUCGGGAGAAGGCUCAGAAGCUGAACGAGCAGCACCAGCUCAUCCUGUCCAAACUGCUGAGGGAGGAGGACAACAAGUACUGCGCCGACUGCGAGGCCAAAGGUCCCCGAUGGGCUUCCUGGAAUAUUGGUGUGUUUAUUUGCAUCAGAUGUGCUGGAAUUCAUAGAAAUCUUGGGGUUCAUAUAUCCAGGGUCAAGUCAGUCAAUUUAGACCAAUGGACGCCAGAACAGAUACAGUGCAUGCAAGAUAUGGGAAAUACUAAAGCAAGACUACUUUAUGAAGCCAAUCUUCCAGAGAACUUUCGAAGACCACAGACAGAUCAAGCAGUAGAAUUUUUCAUCAGAGAUAAAUAUGAAAAGAAGAAAUACUAUGAUAAAAAUGCUAUAGCUAUUACAAAUAUUUCCUCCUCUGAUGCCCCUCUUCAGCCUUUGGUAUCCUCUCCUUCUCUGCAAGCUGCUGUUGAUAAAAACAAACUAGAGAAAGAAAAGGAAAAAAAAAAGGAAGAGAAAAAGAGAGAAAAGGAGCCAGAAAAGCCUGCCAAACCACUAACAACUGAAAAGGUACAGAAGAAAGAAGAUCAACAACUUGAGCCUAAGAAAAGCACUAGCCCAAAAAAUGCUGCAGAGCCCACUGUUGAUCUUCUAGGACUUGAUGGUCCUGCUGAUACACCAGUGACCAAUGGGAACACAACCACAGUGCCACCCCUGAAUGAUGAUCUGGACAUUUUUGGACCAAUGAUCUCUAAUCCUUUACCUGCCACUGUCAUGCCCCCAGCUCAGGGGACAGCCUCUGUACCAGCAGCUGCUACCCUGUCUACUGUAACAUCUGGGGAUCUGGAUCUGUUCACUGAGCAGACUACAAAGUCAGAAGAAGUAGCAAAGAAACAACUCUCCAAAGACUCCAUCUUAUCUCUCUAUGGAACAGGAACACAGCAAAGCACUCCUGGUGUGUUUAUGGGACCCACAAAUAUGCCAUUUACCUCACAAGCAGCAACUACAUUUCAAGGUUUUCCUUCCAUGGGCGUGCCAGUGCCUGCAGCUCCCGGUCUUAUAGGAAAUAUGAUGGGACAGAAUACAAGCAUGAUGGUGGGCAUGCCCAUGCCCAAUGGGUUUAUGGGAAACACACAGACUGGAGUGAUGCCACUUCCUCAGAAUGUUGUUGGCCCUCAAGGAGGAAUGGUGGGACAGAUGGGUGCACCACAAAGUAAGUUUGGCCUGCCACAAGCUCAGCAGCCUCAGUGGAACCUUUCACAGAUGAAUCAGCAAAUGGCCGGCAUGAGUCUCAGUAGUGCAAACCCUACUACAGGUUUUGGCCAGCCCCCCAGCACCACAGCAGGGUGGUCGGGCAGCUCAUCGGGGCAGACUCUGAGCACACAACUGUGGAAGUGAAAAGCUGCAACAGAGUUUCAUCCAAAUCCAACACCCGACAUUCCUCGCUGCAAAGGCAUCUAGUUCCCGUUUAUUCAUGUACAUAUGUAUUUUCCUUUCCCCCAUUUGUUCACAUGAAGAAUUACCUGAUUGACCUUGUUGGUCUGUGCUGAUUAAAUCUGAUGUGAAAGCAGGUUGAGAAACCAUCUUCUGUGGAGGGCAGCUUUGCUCAUAUUUCCCAUGAUGUCAUAGCCACAUUGAGAAGCUGCUCAGUUAACUUGCAUAAUCGGUUUUAUUCUCAAAAUUAUAGCUCUAAUGUUUGCAUAUAAGGGAAGUAGUUAUCAUGUUAGUAAUACUUCUAACAGUAUAAACCCCACCCCCAAAUUAGCCAGUAAUCCUGUAGGAAGGUACUGUAUGAUCAAAUGUUUAAUCAUAUAAAUAGAACGUAAAUGUAUCACUGAGCACUGUUUUCUAGUGUAUCAAAUUCUUUUACUCAUCACUCACUUCACUGUGCUGUUGUUUCGAUGUGCUUAACAGGGAACGUGAUUAGUGAAAGGAAGAUAAACCUGGAUGUUACUGUAAAACUUAGUGUUUCAAGAAUUCAAAUUUUCGCUGCCUCUUGUAAUUUGGACCUCUUCUCAUGUACAUAGUGCUAAUAAGAAGACCCUUUUUCUGCACUAUAUGCACACAGGGUAACUAAAACAAAGCCACUUUUAAUCCUUGAAGGUAUAUCCAGGUUUAUGACAGUUAUUGUGUUUACAUUUUAUGGUGCCUAGUAUUGACAAAAUGUUAUUUCCCUAUAUUAAACAGAUGAAUCCA